AUGGCGUCCGUCCGCGAAGCGGCCCUGCGCAGACUGCGGCGGUUUGCGGCCCUGAGAGGCAAACCUGUGGCAGCUGGGGAAUUCUGGGAUGUAGUUGCAAUAACAGCAGCCGAUGAAAAGCAGGAGCUUGCUUACAAGCAACAGUUGUCAGAAAAGCUAAAGAGAAAGGAACUGCCCCUCGGAGUUCGCUAUCAUGUCUUCAGUGACCCUCCUGGGACCAAGAUUGGAAAUGGAGGAUCAACCCUUUGUUCUCUUCAGUGCCUGGAAAGCCUGUAUGGAGAUAAGUGGACUUCUUUCACAGUCCUCUUAAUUCACUCUGGUGGCUACAGUCAACGGCUUCCCAAUGCAAGUGCUUUAGGAAAAAUCUUCACAGCCUUACCACUUGGUGAGCCCAUUUAUCAGAUGCUGGACUUAAAGCUUGCCAUGUACAUGGAUUUCCCCUCACAUAUGAAGCCUGGAGUUUUGAUCACCUGUGCAGAUGAUAUUGAACUGUACAGCAUUGGGGACUCUGAGUCCAUUGUAUUUGACCAGCCUGGUUUUACUGCCCUAGCCCAUCCAUCUAGCCUGGCUAUAGGCACCACACAUGGAGUAUUUGUCUUGGACUCUUGUGGGCCUCUGCAACAUGGUGACCUAGAGUACAGGCAAUGCCACCGUUUCCUCCACAAGCCCAGCAUUGAAAACAUGCACCACUUUAAUGCUGUGCAUAGAGGAGAACACUUUGGUCAACAGGACUUGGCUGGGGGUGACAUCACCUGUCAUCCAUUGCACUGUGAAUAUGUCUACACAGAUAGCCUAUUUUACAUGGAUCAUCAGUCAGCCAAAAAGCUUCUUGACUUUUAUGAGAGCGUAGGCCCCCUGACCUGUGAAAUAGACGCAUAUGGUGACUUCCUGCAGGCACUGGGACCCGGGGCAACUGCAGAGUACACCAAGAACACCGCCCAUGUCACUAAGGAGGAGGCCCAGCUGUUGGACAUGAGGCAGAAAAUAUUCUACCUCCUCAAGGGAACGCCCCUCAAUGUUGUCGUCCUUAAUAACUCCAGAUUUUAUCACAUCGGAACGACGGAGGAGUAUCUGCUUCAUUUCACUUCCAAUAGUACGCUACGGUCAGAGCUGGGCUUACAAUCCAUAGCUUUCAGUGUCUUUCCAAAUGUGCCCGAACACUCCCAUGAGACACCCUGUAUCAUUCACAGUGUCCUGGAUGCAGGAUGCCUUGUGGGCCCUGGCUCGGUUAUAGAGUAUUCCAGAUUGGGGCCUGAGGUGUCCAUCUCGGAAAACUGCAUUGUCAGUGGUUCUGUCCUAGCACAAGCUGCCCUGCCCCCACAUUCUUUUCUCUGUUCUUUAAGUGUGGAGGUAAACGGACACUUACAAUAUUCAACUAUGGUGUUUGGCAUGGAAGACAGCUUGAAGCACAGCGUUAAAGCCGUAUCAGAUAUAAAGACGCUUAAGUUCUUUGGGGUCAGUUUUCUGACUUGUUUAGAUAUUUGGAACCUUAAAGCUACAGAAGAACGAUUCUCAGGAAGUAAGAUGCAUCUGAGCCUGUGGACUGCUCGGAUUUUCCCUGUCUGUUCUUCUCUGAGUGAGUCAGUUGCAGCAUCCCUUGGCAUGUUAAGUGCCGCACAGAACCAUUCACCAUUCAGCCUGAGCAACUUUAAGCUGCUAUCCAUCCAGGAAAUGCUUCUCUGCAAAGAUGUGCAAGACAUGCUAGCUCAUAGGGCGCAACUCUUUCUAGAAAUCAGCUCAAAUAAAAAACAAUCUGCUUCAGAGAAAUCCUAAAUACAAUGUAUUUUCCCUGCGAACAGGAUUGCAACAAAUCUAUGCACCUCUGGGUUUUUCUUCCUUUCUUUCCUCCCUCCCUCCCUUGUUCCCUCCUUCACUCGCUGCCUCCUUCCUUUUGCUUUUGCUUUUUUUGGGGUUGCUUCAGUAAAGCAACAUAAUACAAUUUAUAUUAAUAUAACUGGUGUGGUACAUUAAUGGAAAAGGUACAGAUUACAGAUGUCCGCCUCUGAUGGAAUAACAUUUCAGGAUUAAAUUCAGGAAAGACAUGCUGUUUUAGAUGUCUUGCACUAUUGUAGCUUUACUUCAUAGUGAAGAUCAGUUCAUAGGGGUACUGUUUCACAAAAUACAUACUUUUGGAAAUUUUCUGUCUUUUGAAAUUUGGUCUAAUAAGCUCUGGAUGUAUUGAUGAUUGUAUUAAUUAUCACAGUGAGACAACACCUAACAAAAACAUCCUUUUAAAUUUUUAAGAGGAUUGUCCUUUUUGUUAAUUCUUUUAUUUUAUUCUAUUUUUAGUUUAAGUGCAUGAGUGUAUUAUCUACAGGUUUGUGUGUGCAACAAAUACGUACAGUGAUAGAAUAGCUGUUCUCAAACUGUGGGUCGCAACCCCUUUGUUGAUGGAAUGACUCUUUCAGGGUCACCAAAGGCCAUCAGAAAAUACAAAUAUUUACAUUACAAUUCAUAAGAGCAGCAAAAUUACAAUUAGGAAGGAGCAGAAAAAAUAAUUUUGUUUUUAGGGGCCACCAGAAUGUAAGGAAUCGUAAUAGAGUCACAACAUUAGGAAGGUUGAGAACCGUUGGGCUAGAAGUAGGCAUUGCAUCUCUUGGGACUAUAGUCAAACCUCCAUACUCUGAAAAUGUGAUAUAAUAUAAUGUUUAUGUGUCAUGGAUCUUGCCAAAUAUGAUUUAAAAGUACGUAUUAUUAUUAUCAAUUUGAACAUGUGUUGCCAUAUUUUAUAAACUACUGUUGCAUUACACUGGGAAAUGUGUGCAUGGGGAACUCAGUUGUCUGCUUAGAAGGUGAUAGUUGAGAGCCAGUGCUCGAUUCACCAUGGACAUUCCUUAAGCAACUCUUAAUUAAUCCUACACAUGUUCCUUGACUUGCUUUACAUUAAUUUUCUGUACUCACUGACAGUGACGCUGAGAACAGACAAUUGGCCCAAAGAGGAGGGAAUACAGACUCUGAGAUAGUCCCUAGAUCAUAAACCACUUCAGGGAAGUGAAACGAUGGUGGAAUUCCAGCUUAUGGGCACCUAUAUUAAA